AUGGCGCAAACCCCGUCUAACCCAUCCCCGUACUCGGCAGAGUUACAGACGUUCCUAGUUUCGAAGUACGAUCCUUUGUUGGGAGUGGUCAAAACUCUGAAUGAGAGGCUCCACGCUACGAACAGAGAUGUUUUCAAAGUGCAGCAGCGUAUGGACGCCAUGGAAAAAAACCUGCAUGAGAUUCGCGAGCUGUUACUAAAGAGCAAUAAGCAGCUGCCUCCCCUCGACCAGCUUUCGGCGGACCUGAAGAAGAGUGACAUAGCAGACAUCAUUCGGCCAUCGACGCAGAUGGUGGCAUCUUGGCUAUUUUCUUGUCAGUUGAAUACACCUGCGUCGGCAAUUCAGUUGAUGCUGGACUUCCUCCCUGACCAAACCGCGGAGUUGGACGUGCGCGACUGGAAGCGAGAAUCGGACAUGUGGAUCGACUUCCUCGAGAAUGUGCCUGACAACGUGCCCUUUUCCAAACCCCCUUCCCUCAGUCUUGCGGACCUUCGCGCAUCCGCUCGUAGCGCCUUGAACGAGAUGGUUAAACGUGAGGUCCUCGUUAUUAUCCGUAGCGUUCCCGGAAAGGACGCGGCCGCCAAACAGUCCGCCUCCCUCGUUCUCGUCGGCAUCAUCUGCGGCGCCAUUGGAGAAGCCUGGAGACGCGCAGAACAGGAUGGAGAUUUCUCCACUGGCCGCGUUGUCGUCGUCCUUGACGGAGACGGCCUCGCCUCUAAACUCCACACCGGCGACCAAAAACUCGUCAUCGAACCCCUCCAUUGA